CACCCAGGCUCUAGGUUUUGCGUCGCAUUCUUUUACGACCCCCGACACAAAGUCGACAUGUCAGUUCCAGAUCUAUUCAAAACUCUUCUGUACACGAUUAAUAAUGUAUUACAGCAAGAAAAAUACAAAGCUGCGCUCGCAGUGAUUAAAGGAUUUCGAAAUGGUGCUGUUUAUGGAGUGAAAAUCCGUGCACCCCACGCUCUUGUCAUGACUUUUCUCUUCAGAGGUGGAAGCCUGAACGAUAAACUGCGGGCCAUCGCAAAGGCCACAUUCCAGCACUCGCGCAACCUGGCCUGCUUUGUGUUCACGUACAAAGGACUGCAGGCUCUGCAGGAGAGGAUCCAGGGAAAGUCUCUGCAGUCCCAGUCGUUCUUGGCCGCUUGCCUUGGGGGCUGGCUGGUGUUUGGAGAAAACAAUAACAUCAAUAGCCAGAUCAACAUGUACCUGCUGUCUAGGAUUCUGUUUGCCUUGUCUCGCCUGGCUGUGGAGAGGGGCGUUCUACCUCAGCCCAAGCGGGACCCCUUCCCUCUGUUUGCCACCCUGGUGUGGGGCGUUGUGCUCUGGCUCUUUGAGUACCAUCCCCACACCCUCCAGCCGUCGCUGCAGUCCUCCAUGAACUACCUCUACCACGACAGCAACGUGUGGCACGACAUCUCAGACUUCCUCGUCCGCAACAAGCCAAGGCCCGUCGCUCCGGAGUGAGCUGGACCUAACACGAGCUCUGUGGCUUCAGGAUGGAAAGCGGACAGUAUGACGGACUGUCGAGCUGCAGGCAUGGGGAAGUAUUAAGUAGGAGUGAUGUGCUUGGAUCAGUUUUUCCCUUUAGUUAAUAAUAAGAUGUGCAGCGGGAGAUCUGAUCGGACAUCAGCACACUUUGUCAAUGAUGGCACUGAUUCUCUGCCAUGUUCACAAUCAAGACUGUGAUUUGCAUAACCUUAGAGGAACUACAUAUAUUUUUUAAUGAAUGUUAGCUUUUGUAACAUGUCAUGUGCUCUGAAAUCUGAUAAUGUAAAAUAACAAAACCUGAAAAGGUAUGUAGGGGACAAGCGCUCCUUGUCAAUCUAGAACUGCAUCAGGUUUUUAUAUACAGACGGUGGCCAGUUUAUCACCGGUAUGAAUCCUCCUUUGCCUCCAGAAAACCCUGGAUUAUUUGAUGCAUGGAUUCUACUGAGUGUCUGGGAUCAGAGUUAGGACCAGCCUGUGAAGUUGGCACCAGGCAGAAUGGGUCCAGUAUCUGACUAUGCCAUCGGCCAACGUGGCUCAUCGGGUACGAGAGUUUGUUGGACCAGUAAUUUGUAGGAAAGGUUGUUGGUCCUGUGCCACCCGAGUCUGCAGCUUCCUGUCCGUAGCUGACCGGUCGUGGGUUGUCACUUUAGACAUCGUUGUGCAUGGGAUACUAGCGACGAUGAUCGCACCCCUGCUCCCUCGUUUGGCCCACGGCUCUGUCAAACAGCGACUGAACGCCUGUAUGCCUGCUUUAUAGAGGAACCAUGGCCGUGUGUGUGUGUGUGUGUGUGUGUGUGUGUGUGUGUGUGUGUGUGUGUGUGUGUGUGUGUGUGUGUGUGUGUGUGUGUGUGUGUGUGUGUGUGUGUGUGUGUGUGUGUGUGUGUGUGUGUGUGGGCUUGAUCCUAUCCAUGUACUGCCGAUAGUUUCUUUCUUCUUCCCAAUUUACUCACUGCACUUGAUUCAGAGGUUUUAUGGGGUGAAAUUACAAUGAGCCCAUGGCAGUGUGCCAUCGUUUUAGUGUACCGUUCUUAAGUCCCCAACUAAUAUUGAAAUUAUUUGUUUCUUACAAAAUAAUUUUCUUAGGUUGUUUUCAAUUUCAAAUAAAUAAACAAAU